AUGAGGGCAAACGUUGACGCGCCAUACUACCAGAUGCGCUCCGGCCAGUUCGUCACUGCGCCCAACAGCACAAACGCUGCACCGCCCCAAUUCGUGUCCGACGAGAAUGAAUAUGACUUGUCUGGUCCCGCUACUGUCGCAUCGCCGCUCGAACACAAUCUCCACCCACACCUGUACACCGAACACGCUGCUCGUCAGACGUCAGACGAACACGCACUAGAGGAGAACCAUAACCUCGUUGAGUUACUGGAGGCUGCGACAGCUGCGGGUCAAGUGGCCUAUGCUAUGGACACUGGGGAUGCUGAGAUGGCGACUUUUUCAUCACAGGAUAGAGGUAGGAGAAAGAGAGCUACCAGCUCCCCAACUGAAGAUAUCUCGCAUCAAGCCGACGGGCCCGUCAACUCUAAGCGACGUAGGACCGGUGGACCUACCGACCCUCAACUUCAGGAUCAUGGCCACGAUAUACAUGGUGACUCUGUCGACGACAGUGUACCGCCUUCCAGUGAGUCUCUAUUGAACGAUGCUCGUGCCGCAGGUGUCCACUCCGCUGCAGCCCUCUUCCGUCGCUCCUCUGAAAGAACGUCUCGGAAGUACACACGCCCACCAAUGUCAAAGCUAUUCAUGUCGCUCCAGCUCAGCCCUGAGAAUUUCCUCCAACUGCAGUCUUUAGCGAAAGCCUACAUGCUCGACACAUCACACCCGGAACGGCAGAGCUGUGUAGGAAAUCGUGGUAAGGGUGAUACCGACAUGGUCAAGCUGCGGCUGUUCAACUGCGUCCGCGACUUUUUGAACGACGGAGUUGGUGAGCAGUUCUUCGGUGAAGACGUUGAGAAGCCAGGCGAAAGAGACGCGAUAGAGGCUGCUCGCGCACUGGGAGAAGACAAGACUCCUGAUCCUUGUGAGAGACUGACAUGGCCGAGGGACGGUAACAAGAUUAUUAGUCUUGUUACUCCGUUGAUGCGACGCAUGGUCACCAACGAGCGGCAACGACAGUACGCAAUUGAGACAAGAAAAGGAGGCACAAAGAAGAGAGACAAAGAAGGUAGUGUUGAGCUUGUGGCUCAGCAAUGCGAAGACAAUACGCGCUAUGGCGUCGAGCAACAGUCGCAGUCGGUCCUCGAUCACAGCCUAGCUCAUCAUCCGCAGCCGUCACGGUUGGUAGCCUCUCCAGUCCCCAUUUCAACUCCAACUCCGCAGCAUUCUUUCCAAAGGCAGGAAGGAACCUCGGACACUAGCGGAAAACAGGAGUUCAACGCAUCCACACAAGCAAGUUCCAAGCUACCUGCAGUUAGUCUUACUGAGCCAAACCUCUCUCAUAUCAACAUCUUCCUUGUACUCGCCUCAUCCGGUAGCAGACCGGGCAGCAAGCUCGGCGAGAAGCGCAUCACGGCCAAACCACAAGCACACUUGGCAUGGUAUGAUUAUAACGACUUGGUGAGAGAGACCGUCGUUCUUCUCAAAGCCGCCAAAGACAAAUAUCCUGAGCUCAGGGCAGGAGUCGAAUUCCAGGAUAUCGAGCCCGGCACAGGCAAUCUUCGCGGACUUGCUGCUGCUGCCAAUGCACUACAGACGGAGCAUGCUCAGCACGGAGCAUCUUCUUCAACCGCGUGUUUCUCUCCAUCUUCGCCAGCGGAUGGUACCCCCUCUGUUCCUCCGAUAUCGACUGCGGCAGCCAGCCAGCAUCCUAGUUUCCCUAACGACAGUCAUCCGGAAACAAGGUCUCUUCCCCGUUAUGCUAUCAAGUCUGUUGGGCCGCAGGGAUGGCGUGCUAUUCGUAAUGCAGAUGACUGGUAUAGUGUACUGAGGGAGAAGGCCUUUGCUGUUUGGGCUGAUGGCGUGUGUAAUGUGCUUGUCGAAUUGGUCGACUUUGCCGGCGCGAUGGCAUAA